UGUCAAGUGAUUAAAGCCCCGCGAUGGGGGUCAGAGCUCGGCGCAUCUGAGGAUUCAUCUUCAGGAUCUGUACUGACGUUAAAGAUUUUCGGCUCAGAAAUGAGCAAAACAAUACAAUCGACUCUGUAAAUUGCGCUAGACACUCUGGCCAAUAAACGUGCAUGCGCACCAAGUGCAGCUAACUCCAAUUAGGAUCCCGGGGGUUCAGAUCUUCAGAUUAAUAAUCCAUCUUACAGCACUUCAGGAUAGGUAGGACUCCAGCGCAUGCGAGCUCCCCUGUGAAAAGCUCUGGCGCAGCAGAUCUGUAUUAUGACCCUUUGUGAGACAAAGUCAGCGGCGCGGGCGCUCUGAUUAUUCUUGCAUAUCGCACGAUCCGCCUGCGACACCAAGACUUCGUGCUGCAAGAAGAGCUUUCUUCGUGACAUCCAUACAGGCCGUUGAUAUUUGAAGUUAACUGGGGCUAUUUCGACCAGCGGGCCAGCUCUAUGGACGCCGACGAAACCUUUGAAAAGCAAGACGACGAGCUGAUCUGCUUCAUCCUGGACAAGCUCUUUCCUCUCGAAUCGGACCUUUUGGAAUGUCAUGCCUCCCAGGGCGUGCAAGGCUUGGCCAGCUUCGCGCGCGCGUCGGGCCGCUGCGCGCGGUUUGUGAGGGAGCGCGCGUGGGAGGCGGCUUGCAGAAGGAUCGCUCCGGAGGUCUGCGCGCAAAUUGUGCAGCUCGGUGGGGAAAAGAGCAGCCCGAGAGACGCUGGCUGGAUGAGCUUCGCUAAGCUGCUGACGUGGUGUCCCGGGGGCCAGGAAUCCCCCGAGGGAAUGGAAGGUCAUCCAGGCGAUUCCGGAGAACAGCUUUCGAGCGCGGGAAUGCAGGCUUGGUUGCAAGAAUUAGGGAGCACUGGAGAGAAGGACGAUUCCAGGAGCAAAGUUUCUACGAUGGGGGCCGGACGGCUGAUCAACAGGAUCAUUUAUCGGGGCUUCAUUGCUUCUGACGAGCUGUGGAAGAGCGCCCGAGGGGUGUACGCCCCGGGCGCCUGCCACUUCUGCGCGGGCCCCCGACGCGGACUACCGGUCGACGAACCGGUGGAUACGGCGGUGGAUUUCAGGGUGUGCAGCUCGGGGCACGUGGUCGGUGUCGUCGAGCGCGCGCGCGAGGGGCGCCAUCGAGCACCUUUCGGACGCUGGGGCUAUUCGUUUUCAGAGAGCGAAGCAGAGGAGAACGGUUCUGAAUGGAGCAGUGAUGAGGACUAUAGUGAUCUUCCGCUAGUAGCGACUGGAGAAUGA